AUGCUUUCCUGCCCCUUCCUGCAAACUUGCGCGUGUUGGGCCAAGAUGUUGCUUCUGGGAUCCUGCAAUUCCGGUGGUGAGUUUAUGGACUUGGCGCGGCCUGAAAGGCUAGCAGCUUACUGCUCCGCCGACUUGGCUGGCCACGCCCAAGAAGUUCUGCUAAUGAGCGUCUCGGAGCUUGGCCUGGAGCCGGACGAGGUCGCUUAUGCGAUCGUGCUUUCAGCAUUGGAGCUCACCUCCCCGACUGAGUUCCGACGCUUGUGGUUCCGCAUGCGGAACAUGCCGGAACGUCCGGGCGAGGUGCUGCUGCAGUCAGCACUUCGGGUAGCCACGAAGCUACAAGACAUGGCAUUCGCACGAUCAGUCCUGGAGAUGCUCUUCGAGGCCAAAGUCGCCCCAGAUGCUGCAUCUCUGGCAACCCUUACAGCACUGACAGGUCCAGAAGCUGCGGCUUUGCGCCGCCUCCUUGCAGCUUUCGGCAAGGCAUUAGCUGGCGCAAGCAUUGCUGUGUUGGAAUACGCCCAGCCUUGCCCGGCCAAAGAGGAUGUCAACACAGGAAAGCAGCCUCCAUCGCGGGAAGGCUCGUUUCUGCGAAGGCUUACAGGCAGCUUCGUUGGCGAAGAGCCAGGCCUAGACACUGCUGAGAAAGAAAAAUGGAAAGAGAUGAUACAGCAGGCAGGGCAGGGCUGGAGGCUUUUCCCCGCAGGUGCCGCAUCAAGACUGAUGGCAGCCAGCGUCCUCGAGUCGGAGGCAUUUGAUGUUGUAAUGAUUAUCAUUAUCCUUGCUAAUGCAAUCACGAUUGGCAUCGAGCAGUCGCACCGAGUUGGGGGCGGCAACACCAGUGCAUUCCCUUUGAAUGUCCUGGAGCAUAUCUUUCUGGUAAUCUACACCGUGGAGAUUUUUUUGCGCUUCUAUGUGAGCGGGCCCUUGAAUGCCUUACGAGAUCAUUGGGUCAAAUUUGAUAUGAUCCUGGUCCUGAUGGGCUGGCUCGUGCUCUGGAUUUUGCCUGCGGUGGUGGCAGCCAUGUCAGCCUCAGGGGCUGACACUGACAUCAACAAUUAUUCGGGCUUUUUAACCUUGCGGACGCUGAGACUCUUGCGCUUGGUGAGAACAGCCCGCAUCAUCACCAGGAUGCAUGAACUCUGGAUGCUGGUUCAGAUGGUCACCUCUUGUGCCAGCACCAUGGUCUAUACACUGCUGUUGCUGCUGACGGUGUUAUACCUGUUCUCUCUGCUGGCAGUAGAGGUGAUCACCAACCACCAAAUGGCAACCAAUGAGCAGCUAAACCCCAGUUUCUACAGCGUGGCCGACGAACAUUUUGAAAAUCUCUUCGUGACUAUGAUGACACUGGUUCAGUUUGUUACCCUGGACUCCAUGUCCAAUGUGUACAAGCCGCUCAUCAAGGCCGACCCGCGCUUGGCCAUCUACUUUGGAGGCAUGGUGCUGGUGAUCUCCAUCGUAUUGAUGAAUCUCAUCACUGCCGUCAUUGUCAAUAGCGCACUCGAGCAGGCCUCCAGCAACAAGGAGAUCCAGAGAAUUCAGGAGAACAAGCGUCGCAAAAAGACGAUUGAAGAGCUGCGUUCGAUGUUCUCACGUCUGGACGAGGACGGUAGUGGAACCAUCACCUUAGCGGAAAUCAUGGAGGCAACUGAAGAAGAUCAGAUGCUCCUCAAGAAGUUCUUGACGCUAGAGAGUCCACUUGAAAUCUUCCGCAUGUUGGACAUUGACAACUCCGGUCAACUCAACAUAGAGGAGUUUUGCGAAGGCGUCAUACAGCACGUCACAUCAGAUAGAUCUGUCGAGUUCAAGCGCAUUGACAAGAACUUCAAGCAGCUCAGGAAGGAAGUAAGGUCCUUGCAAUUGUCAGUGGACAAGCUGAUUGGAAUAGUCAAGCAAACCGCUGGCCUUGCAUCAACAUCCAGCCUUCCCGUGAGCGUUGCCUCAGAUCUCAAGGAAGGCAAGCCCAAGCGGAAAGGAAUAUACUUCGAGGAGGAGCAGAAGCCAAGGGAGCCCGUGACUGAGCCAGAGCCGCGGGACCCGGCCCUGGAGUUGCAGACGCCGCCGGUUUGGGCCACGGAUCUGUUCAAAACACUCCGAGAAGAACUGGCGCAGGAGUUCUGGCAGGUGCGAAGUGACCUGGCGCGCGGCGUCGCUGUGACUGCGCAGCAGGCUGCACGGGUGGCCACGGAAGCGCCAACAGACGCAUCUGACCUGCACCAGGAGGUGGCGGCAGCCAUGAAGCUGGCUUGGGCAUCAGACCGAUUCCUGCACGAGCGGUCCAGCCGGGACUUGUCGCGCACAGAUCCGUCGAGGAUUGUACCAGCCGCACGAGGUGAUCAGACCGGUGCUGCCACUACAGUUCCCCGAGCUGGUCCUGCCAUGCCACCGGCACCCCCGCAGAUGGAUACUGACUCGCCCCGGAACAUGAUCCAUCUGGUUGAGGCCGUGCUGAUGAGGUUGAACUUGCAGGGCAAGGCUUGGUCAUGCGUAUGGGAGAACUUCUCCUCACGAGAAGCGGUGCUCGGCAUCGGUGAAGCAAGCGAUGCGGUGUGUUACAGCUCGCGUGGGUUGGAGACAGACUGUCUGGUGCGCUUGAACAGUACUGCAGCGGAUGACCUGGUACCUUUGGAGGAGGUCAUGGACGUGUUCACUGUGCAAGCUCCGAGGUUGGUGACAUUAGUUGUUGAAUUUCCCGAGAAGCCAGAGCAGCUUCAGCGGCUGCGUGCCAAAAUCAGAGCCGCCCUUGGCAGCUUUGGCAAAGCAAAGGUCAUCUUGCUGCACGGAGAUGAGCUCGAGGAUGGAGUCGGUGCCCGAUUCAAGAAAGCGCUGGAGUUGGUCGCUACAGCCCUGAUCAUUGGAUUUGAUGCAGUCCUGCUCUCCCUACCGCCCGCUGGCGGGCUACUGCAUCCCCAAAGUUGGGAGCACCCUGUUUGGUGUCACGAGAGCCCGGCAGAUGGACCUGAUCGGCAGGAUCCCAUGAACCCGGCGUAUCCGAUCCGGUGCUGGCGCUUUGAUUUGCAGACGGACUUCCUCGCCCAGAGCCAGGAUCCGGAGACCGGUCGGUUGCUUCUCUGGGGCGCGGAGGAUGAAGUGGAGCUCUCCAGCGAGCUAUCUGCCACGCCAAAGCCACAGCUUCAUUGCCUGAAGUUUGAAGGCAACUUGGAGGGCCCUCCAUGGCAGAUGCUGCAAAAGGAGAAGCUUCUCCGAGAGCGGCCUGACAUCCAGCGCUUGUUUUCCUCGGUGCGAAGCUUUGCAGCACCCAGCAAGGUGCUGCCCAUUCGCCGUGAGGCAGACUGUGGCUAUGGAGGACCCAGCGACAUUAAGCAUGUAGCUCUGCAUGUUCGGCGAGGGGAUGUUGGUGAGGCUGCCGGUUAUUCCUUGCCGCAACAGCUGAAGGGCGAUGAUUUCGCAAGGUGGUUAUGUGGGCUUGCAAAGGCGGUUGCCGAGCCUUUUGGUGUCAGGCUUUUGCUCCACGUCUUCACAGAAGCGACAGGGAACAGCCGCAAAGCCCUCAUGCAAGUAGGUUUGCCAGGCUUUGCCUUCACCCCAUCGGUCUCGGACGAGCUGCCAGUCUUCCACACCUUGGCUGAGUACGAGGUUGCUCCGAACUGUGGCGAGCUGGUCCUUCCUCAGGUUCAAGUGAUAGUGAACAACAACCCGAGACAAGCCCUGCUUUGCAUGGCCCGUGCCGACAUCCUCAUCACAAGUCUCAGUAGUCUCAGCUGGACGGCUGCUGUGGUCAAUCCCGGGCUUGUGCUCCAUCCCCCAGCACAGGACAAGAUGCUGAAUCACUGGGAUCUGCGGUCUCAAUAUCUCGACUGGGCUGAGAAUUGGUUCAUGACGUCUGAUGUGUGGAGCCCACAAGCAAAGCUGAAGCAAGUGUUUGCAGAGUAUCUCAAGAGCGCCAUGGCAGAUGGGGACAAGCUGAAGCUGAAGUCUUCACAGGGCGAGAUCUUCGAAGUUGAGCCGGAGGUGGCCACGAUGUCAACCCUGAUUAAGAACAUGGUGGAGGAUAGUGGCACUGAUGAAGAAAUUCCUCUGCCAAACGUGAAGACUGCUAUUUUGAGCAAGGUCAUCGACUACUGCAAGUACCACAAGGACAACCCGCCGGAAGAGAUCCAGAAGCCGCUGAAGAGCACCAACCUAGUUGAGUGCGGCGUCUCGGAGUGGGACAGCGAAUACGUGAACAUCGAGCAGGAGGUCCUGUUUGAGUUGAUCCUGGCAGCCAAUUACCUUGACAUCAAGAGCCUCCUGGACCUCACUUGCGCUAAGGUUGCCUCUAUGAUCAAGGGCAAGAACACCGAAGAGAUCCGCAAGCAGUUCAACAUCGUGAACGACUUCACCCCCGAAGAGGAGGCGCAGGUACGAGAGGAGAAUCGCUGGUGUGAGGAUGCGUGA